AUGUUUCAUCGCACAAGUUUCCAAAUCGUGCUUGCUGCGUCGAUUCUCCUUACGCAAACGAUCAGCUUUACCACGCUUGGAUCUCCCGCACCAAUGCCUCGUGAAUGCAAGACCGAGCCAGGCGACGCGGAUUGGCCAUCACUUGCUGAAUGGCGAGCAUUCAAUAUCAGCGUGGACGGCAACCUCCUCGCGCCCCUCCCACCCGGCAAAGCGUGCGACGUGUCUUCCAGCGCAUUCGACAAUGACACCUGCACACUCGUCGGUACACGGUGGGCCAAUUCGAGCUUCCACGCCGCGGACCCCGUGAGUGUCGACUGGCCGAAUGUGCAGGGCGAUAAUUGUCUGCCGCGCUCUCUGACGCUCUCACCAGACACACCAUGUGACGGGAGUGUGUUUCCGCAAUACGUCGUUAAUGCCUCGACGGGCGCACACGUCGCGGAAGCAGUCAAAUUUGCGGGCACGCAUGGCGUGCGGCUUUCGGUCAAGGGCACCGGACACGAUUUUCUCGGCCGCUCGACGGCGCCGGGCCUCGCAGUCUGGACGAGACAUAUUCGUGGAAUUGAGAUUUGGCCUCCUCAUUCUUCUUCUCACAAUAAAUCCGGGGGAGGCAGGACAGGUGAAGGUUUGCCGGUGACGAUGAAAAUAGCAGCGGGUCACAGUAUGCGCGACGUCUAUGCGGAAGCGGAGAAAAAGCAGCUUUCAGUCGUUCUGGGAGCCGAUGCGAAUGUUGGCGUUGGCGGAUUCUUGACGGGUGGUGGGCAUAGCCCGAUCAGUGCGAGGUUUGGGUUGGGAGUGGAUAAUGUGAUGGAGAUGGAGGUUGUGACACCUCGUGGGGAGAUUGUUGUUACGAACGAGAGGGAGUAUUCGGAUCUGUUUUGGGCGAUGAGAGGGGGUGGUGGGGCGACAUUUGGUAUUCUCCUCAGCGUGACCAUCAAGACGUAUCCGAAGGUGAACAUCUCCCGAUUCAAUAUCGCAUUCAAUUCGACGGACGAUGAGGCUGCGAGGAAUAACAAUUCAAACUGGUAUGCUGCGCUCACGGAGGUAAUGACAGGGAUUCCACACCUUUCGGAGUCGGGAGUCAUGGGCCAGGUCUCUACUUACCCUUUGAGUCUCCUGGAAGCAUUGGCCACGGGGUCUCAACCGCCGCUGUCGGCGAGUGCAGAACCCAUGGGUUUCGUGUUCUCUGGGGUCAUGCUCGAUCCGCCCGAGGGUAAAAGAACAAGCCUGCUGGAUCCAAUAUUGAUGAGUCUGAACAAUACCGAUGGCAUCAUGGUACACUUCUCGACCGAGGAGGAUCUUACCCUGUAUGAUCUCACGGCUAGUGAUGGGACGGUCGGCAGGAACGCCAUCGUGGCCAGCCGACUUUGGGACCGCAAAGCAGUCUCGGACAAGGCCUCAUUGACUCGAACAUUUCAAGUCUUGCAAAAGGACUGGGUUCAGGGCUUGAUGGUGACGGGUCCGAGAGUCCGUGAGGUGCAAGUCAAUUACACCAGCGUCAAUCCUGCUUGGAGGAGGGCGUACUUGCAUGUCCUCACGACGGUUGGAUUCCCGUACAAUAACGCGACAGCCGAGCAGGAGGCUAAAGACCGAGUCACACAUGUGCUGGGAAAAGCGUUGCGAGACCAGGCGCUGGAUACGGGAUGUUACCUCAACGAGGCGAAUCCUGAUGAGCCGGAUUUCCAGCGCGCGUUCUGGGGAGAGCAUUAUGAGAAAUUGAAGGAGAUUAAAAGGAAAUAUGAUCCAGAGGAUACACUGUGGUGUAAGGUUUGCGUCGGAUCGGAAGGGUGGGGGUAUGAUAGUGGCAUGAGGAGGAUUUGUCGAGUAUAA